CAAAUCAAACUUUUAUUAAGUACGCCCUGAGAACGCAAAGACAAAAACACAGUUCCCUGCCUCCAAGGAACUUUUGGCUGCUGGGGAAUACAUGCAUAGAGAAGGACAGGUAGAUAAAUAAAUAGAUAAGUGGAUGGAACAAAGGAAGGAGGAAAGGAAGAGAAAUGAAAGAGAAGGGAAGGAAGGAAGGAAAGAAGGAAGGAAGGAAGGAGGAAAGGAGUAAAGGAAGGAAGGAAAGAAGGAAGGAAGGAAGGAAAGUCAUUUGAGGAACAGCCGUUACCCUGAUCCUGCAGGGAUCAGGAUAUACUUCAUUGAGAAGUGGUACUUGAGCUGAGCCUGGAAGGAUUGUGAAAAGUGAAGAGAUGGAAAGGGAGCAAAUGCGAGGCCUGGGGGAAGGCUAGUUCUGCUGGGAGGCAGUUGUACUGCUUAGUUUGGGGAAAUUCGCCGGUGAGCUUGGCAGUCAAUUCAGUGUGUGCUUAAGGUUGGAAGAUAACUUGGUGUGAGACUGUGGAGAGCUUUCAAAAAAUAGACUUAGCAAUUUGUUUUUCCCUCUCCCCCAGUUUAUCCUUCUGUAAUAGCCCUUGAAAAGGUCUUAUUUUGAUUUGCCAAAAAACUUGUUUGUUUGGAUUUACUGAAUCUUAAUUCUGUUCUGCUAGGAAGCUUGUCCUUGGUGCAAAAACUACCUCGGUUCUACCAAGUGCACUUCCCAGACAUUGUUAUCAUUUGGGUUGUGGCUUUCUCCGUGGAAUUAAAGCAUGAUCGGAAUGUGUCACAAAAAGAAGCCACGAGGUACUUGGAGGCACCAUUACCGAGUACCCGGGCAGGGACAACGCGCAGCCCAUUCAUCCCCCGCUGGUCAGGAGGGGUGACAGGUUGCUGCUGCUCGCUUUCUUGGCGCUUCUCAUCUUCUCUGUCCCGGGUGCUGGGCCGAUACCAACUACCUGGCAUCACUUUUCCUCCGGGUCUUAUUUUCUUCGUGCUGUACUUUUAUCAGUUUAAGGCUCGGGUUUGGUGCUGCGCUUUCGGUGUUUUAACUGUAGACUAGAAGAGAAGCAAAGGAGUACAAAACAAACCCUGCAGGCGUUUGCAAUAUGUUCCAAACUCCUCCUCCCCCGGAGGAUCGGGAGGAAUUCCUGGCACUUGAAGCAGCAGAGUUUUCUUCCAAAGGGGGAAAAAAAAACAAAACUAUAUAUUUCCCCUCCCUACCGAGGCUCCCGCCCACCCUUACUCCACCCCCAUACGACGCACAGUCUGCCCCAGCCGGAGCCAAGGGAAUGGGCAGAGCCCGGAGCCCCCUCCUAGGGGCGGAGGUCUAAGGAGGGGGGAAAGAAAAAAGGAAGAUUUGCAAUAUCUUGUGAAGUCAGGAGGGUGGCAGGCGCGCCUCCCACCGAAGCCCGGUUACUUCCGAGAUUUCAAAAAGAAAAAGAGAAGCAGUCUAUGCAUGGGGGGUAGGGUGGGGGUGUCUCGGUCCUCGGGCUCUUCUUCCUUGCUUGGUGGCCCAAUCACCAUCUCGGCGAGGAGGGACGGGACCCGGAGAAGGCACCGGACAGGCGCGGGAGGGACGUGGUCUUAGGGGAAGGCUGUAGCUUAACCACUGCGUGUAUCAGCUAGGAGGGCGGUAGCAGCAUCAGCCCACUAGCCAGGCGGAGGAGGAGGAGGAAAAGGAAAAGGAGGAGUGUGUUCUCGUUGCACCCCCAGUUUGGCACUUCCCGCGGAGUCGAGGCAGACAAGGGGACUCAGGCUUUGCACGGGCUUCCCCCCUCGCCCCCACCUCCCCCCCACGCAGUCGGGGGAGAGAGGAGUUCGGCCGGACUUGUUCAGUUGCUCCAGCUCUACUCUCCGGGAGUGCGGGGGUGGGACGGCGGGGCGGCGGGGCGGUCCCUCCCCGGGAGUCGCGGGGCGAAGGGGCGGAGGCGACAACAGCGGCGGCUGCUUCCCCGAGCCCAGGGAUUUACCCUCGGGAAACUCCUCUACUUAAGCGGAGGCGGGGGCUGGGGGGAACCCCGGCGCCCCGGAUAUCGUGCCACCUCGGCAUUUGGAGGGACCAGGGCGAGUGGGCGUCAACUGCGGAGGCGAGUCAGGAGCCAGAGGUGACCCUUGCACCCCGGGGCUGACUUUCCGCGAGGCCAAACAAGAGGGCGGGUAGUUUGCAGAACCUUGCAAGUUGUCUAGCCUCCCGAAAGCCACUUCCUCUGGGGCCGGGGGCCGGGGCCGGUCUGCCAACGGAGAAGAGGGGGAAGGGCUGCCCUAACACCCGGCAACGUAGACGUAGACAACAGCAACCCGUGAUGAAAAGUUUCCUUAAAAGCCAGCGUCUUUGAGGGAGCGCAGAAGGAAGCAAACGCUGUUGCCUGUUUGGAUCUCGGGAGCCCUAGCCGGGGACUCAGCCCGCGGCUCAGCGUCCUCAAGCAAGCCCACUCCUCAUCCCCUUCUGUUUCUCCUGCUCCCGGGGCGCGGCUGGACGGGGCGCCCUCCCGCGUCCGGGGCAUGUGCGGCCACCGCGGGCAUGGCAUCAGCGGUAUUUGAGGGCACGUCGCUGGUGAACAUGUUCGUGCGGGGCUGCUGGGUGAAUGGUAUCCGGAGACUGAUUAUCAACCGACGGGGCGACGAGGAGGAGUUCUUCGAGAUCCGCACUGAGUGGUCCGACCGCAACGUUCUGUACUUGCACCGAAGCUACUCUGACCUGGGACGCCUCUUCCAACGGCUCCGAGACUCCUUCCCCGAGGACCGACCCGAGCUGUCACGGUCCCCGCUCCUGCAAGGGCUAAUUGCAAUAAAGGAUGCUCAUGAUAUAGAAGCCAGACUUAAUGAAGUGGAGAAACUUCUGAAAACUAUUAUUAGCAUGCCGUGCAAAUAUUCUAGGUCAGAAGUGGUGCUUACCUUCUUUGAAAGAUCCCCUUUAGAUCAAGUAUUAAAGAAUGAUAACGUACAUAAAAUUCAACCAAGUUUUCAGAGUCCAGUCAAAAUAUCAGAAAUCAUGAGGUCUAACGGAUUUUGUUUAGCAAAUACCGAGACAAUAGUUAUUGACCACAGUAUACCAAAUGGAAAAGACAAUCACUUGGAUGUGGAUUCAACAGAACAUUUGUUUGAGAAUGGCAGUGAAUUUACCUCAGAGCUGGAGGACAGUGAAGACCCAGCAGCCUAUGUCACCAACCUGUCCUACUAUCACCUGGUCCCUUUUGAGACGGACAUUUUGGACUGACCUUCCAGUAGACCAUUCUCCCACCUUCUGGCCUUUUAUUACUGACUUAUGCUGCUGUUCCAUAGUCCUCAACCACUUAGACCAAAAGGUGGUCAUCUAACCCCAGAUAUGAGAUGAUGCCUGCAAAGAAAUCAGUGCUGUGGCUCAGAUGGUCACUGGGUCUCCAUGCACUUCCUAAGGUACAAAUUUUUGGAAGACAGCAGAAACAGGGGAAGAGAACUCACAUUCAGGUGGAUUCUGGUAUCAGGGAAGGGUAUAUGGCAAAGUUUUCAGCAGCCAUGGAAGCCUCAGGACCAUCUAUAUGACUCACUGUAGUCAAAACACCCCCAUGGAAAUUCCUUUUCCUUUCAGUAAAACCAGCCCUUUCUUCAUUUCCUGGGAAGCCCACACGUCACACCUGGUGCAAUGGAUAAUCACCCAGUGCCUACAGGGGAGACAUAUUAUGAGGGCAACUACUGCAUUUGGUUCUGACAGGUCUGCACUCUAUGUUUCCUGAAGAGGAGUGUCCCACUUUCUCCUCUUUCUUUAAAGACCCCUGGGCAUGCCCUUCCUAACCCUGCUCUCCUCCACCCUCACACACAUCUGUGACUCACAUGGCAAGUUUAGAAAAUACUUGGAAUGAGAUUGUGAACCAUUGCCAAGUUCUGGGGACAGGAAGGGAAAGUGAGUCAGCCAGCCAGGCCAUGAGUAGCUACAGGACAUCCCUGGGAACCAGGAUGUGUACUCUAGUUGUUUUCAGCUCACAUCUGGACAAGUGGGUUCUGCUAAAGUAUGCUUUCAUUGUUUUUACUGGAGGAUAAUCACGAAUGGGUAAUGUUGUCUGCAGCGCAAGAGACCAUUGAGGAUCAGGCUUCUCCCUGGAUAUGCUCACACUGAUUUAAUGAUAGACUUUGGGAGAUCAGGCCAAAAGGAAAAGAAUCUGUUCUGGGCUAACAGCUCUUCAAUGUAGGAAUAAUGAGUCUCUUUAUUAUCACCCAGCAGUCAGAGGUUUGACCUCACUUGCUGUUCGUCAAGUAUUUAAUAAAAUAAUUACCAUGCUUAAUCUGAAAGGAGGGGAAACAGGAAGAAAGCUAUUUGUGAGUUGGUUACCUCUCCAGUGGUGGUUUCCUUAGCCUGGGAGCACCCCUGGGUGCUUUGCCUUACAUUCUCCCAAGAAACUUUCCAUUGCUAAGUGUCUACUAACCACAAACAUUUGCUAAUGUAAAUAAUAGUAAAUUAUUGAGAAUCCUAAUUCUUUUACACAGUAUGUUUUAAAAUCUAUUUUAAUGAAAUAAAAUAUAUUACUCUCCUUAAGUCUAUUUAA